GCCCCUAGUUACUGUUCCUGGCCCCCUGACGCCCACCUCCGAGGCGACACCCACGCCUGAUAUGCCAAUGCCAAAGCCCAUCAAGGAGCUCAAACAGAAGCAUUCCGACGAGCCCAAGCCAAGGUCAUUGAUGCGAGCAAACGGCUGAGUCCGCUGCCGAACCCCAGCGCGCCCAAGAGCACGCCCAUCAUGCGUGACGGCCGGCCCCAGCCAUUUGACUACCCGGCGCCGCUAUCGAUUAUGCCCAAAUCAGUUGCUGUCCGGCCUUCCGCCGCGCAAAAGCCCAUUGUGGCACGCCGGGACCGCGGCCACGUGCAGCUUGAAACCACAGACCACGAGAGCUACGGCUUUGUGUCCAACCCAGCAGCCUUCGUCCCACCAAGCAUCGGUCGGGGCACCGCACUGGAGGCCUCUGCAUCAUCAAAUGGCGACCACUACCUCUUUGUGUGCGUCAAGUGCCACCGGCAGAGCACAAAUGAAGUGUGCGAGAAGAUCUGCAGCGACGAGGAUGGUGUUCUGCGGUGUAAGCUACGCCCGCGCGAUGGCCAGCAAGUUGACGACAUGGAGGACCUGGUUAUGCCGCAGACGCCCAACAUCUACACCGACGGUCGUCGCAAGACCACUGGUCGUAUGUUGUAUGAGAAUCUGCAAGCCCUGCAUACGCAGCACGAGCGGCUGAAGGAGCGGGCGGCUUGCCGCGGUGCUGAGCCUCACUCACACGGCUCUGCCUCCCGGGAGUGCCCGAAUGCUGUCAAGUCUCGCCUCCGCAUUGUCCCUGUUAGCUGUCUGUCCAUGUGCCAUCUGGGCAACGUUAUCGCUGUCUCGGGUCCUGGCAAGUUUGGCUACCAGUUUGGAGCCAUGCGCGAGAAUGACUCUGAGGAUAUGCAGGCUAUUUUGCAGUUUGCCGAGGAUUAUAUCGAGAGCUCGGAAGGAUUCACCAAAAAUAAGACUCGCCCGGCGAGAUUGUCGAGAAACAUAUUGGCGAGAAUCCCUCCGCCCUUGCCCACAUUCACUUCUAUAUAUGAGUGAACAAACUAAAAUGUAGCCCAUUGAUACACGUUGUAAUUAAAUAAAAAUUGAAACAAUA